AUGGUGAGCGAGUCCCCCCGCGCCAGCGCCCCGUGGCGGCGACGGGACGAGGCGCUCCGCGUGAACGUGGGCGGGGUGCGCCGGCUGCUGAGCGCGUGCGCCUUGGCGCGCUUCCCGGGCACGCGGCUGGGCCGGCUGCAGGCGGCGAGGUCGGAGGAGCAGGCCCGGGGCCUGUGCGACGACUACGACGCGGCGGCGCGCGAGUUCUACUUCGACCGGCACCCGGGCUUCUUCCUGGGCCUGCUGCACUUCUACCGCACCGGGCGCCUGCACGUGCUCGACGAGCUGUGCGUCUUCGCCUUCAGCCAGGAGGCCGACUACUGGGGCCUGGGCGAGGGCGCGCUGGCCGCUUGCUGCCGCGCGCGCUACCUGGAGCGGCGCGUGGGCCGGCCGCGCGCCUGGGACGAGGACAGCGACGCGCCCAGCAGCGUGGACCCGUGCCCGGACGAGAUCUCCGACGUGCAGCGCGAGCUGGCCAGCUACGGCGCGGCGCGCUGCGGCCGCCUGCGCCGCCGCCUCUGGCUCACCAUGGAGAACCCCGGCUACUCGCUGCCCAGCAAGCUCUUCAGCUGCGUCUCCAUCGGCGUGGUGCUCGCCUCCAUCGCUGCCAUGUGUAUCCACAGUCUGCCGGAGUACCAGGCCCACGAGGCGGCGGCCGCCGUGGCGGCUGUGGCCGCGGCCCGCGGCGCGAACGAGGCGCACUUGGACCGGGUGCUGCAGCGCCUCGAGUACUUCUGCAUCGCCUGGUUCAGCUUCGAGGUGUCCUCGCGGCUCCUGCUGGCCCCCAACACGCGCAGCUUCUUCUGCCAUCCGCUCAACCUGAUCGACAUCGUGUCGGUGCUGCCCUUCUAUCUCACGCUGCUGGCUGGGGCCAUCCUCGGCGACAAAGGUGGCGCGGGCGGCGAGGGGUACGGCGACCUGGGCAAGGUCGUGCAGGUGUUCCGCCUCAUGCGCAUCUUCCGGGUGCUCAAGCUGGCACGCCACUCCACCGGGCUCCGAUCGCUGGGCGCCACGCUCAAGCACAGCUACCGCGAGGUGGGCAUCUUACUGCUGUACCUGGCCGUGGGCGUGUCCGUGUUCUCUGGCGUGGCCUACACCGCUGAGAAGGAGGAGGACGUGGGCUUCAACACCAUCCCGGCCUGCUGGUGGUGGGGCACGGUGAGCAUGACCACCGUGGGCUACGGAGACGUGGUGCCUGUGACAGUACUGGGCAAGCUGGCAGCUUCAGGCUGCAUCCUGGGGGGCAUCCUGGUGGUAGCACUCCCCAUCACCAUCAUCUUCAAUAAGUUCUCCCACUUCUACCGGCGCCAGAAGGCCCUGGAGGCAGCCGUCCGCAAUAGUGGUCACCGGGAGUUUGAAGACUUACUGAGCAGCAUUGACGGGGUGUCAGAGGAAUCCCUGGAGACAUCCCGUGAGACCUCUUAGGAGGGGAGGUCUGCAGACCUGGAGGCUCAGGACCCCAGUGAGCCUCCAAACUCUCAGGUGUAUUCAAGCCAGCGCUUCAUGCUUUCUUCCCAAAUCCCGGAGAGUCUGCGGAAACAGCAGAGUCCACCCUCAUUAAAUUUUUCAUGACGCCUUCCGCUGGCCUGAGAGAUGAGACCCAGAAGUAGGGUCCCUUCCUCCAAAGGUCCAGGACAGGUAGUGUUGCCUGAGAUUCUGUGAGUCUGGACAGCGACCUCCCAGCCACCCACAGAGCAGGUAAGAGCCAGAGGGGGAAGUAAAAGGAUGCUGUUUCCAAGUACCUGCUCUUAGCCUCCUCUCCGUGAGCCGAGGCUGGAGGAGGAGAAUGA